CUCGCGGGAAGAACUCAACAACGAGUUUCGGAGCACCCUUCAGAAAGCCGGUCGCGUCUCGAUAUAGGCGGAAUCGCGGAAGAGUCGUCGAAAUGAUUGGACCCUACUUGGAACGGCUGAAUCGCCUUCGUAUUAUCCUUGCGAGUGCUUCAGCCAGGAGGAAGGAAAUUCUCGAACAGAUCGGACUCAAGUUCGACGUCGUCCCAUCCGCCUUCGAAGAAAAUCUUGACAAGAGUUCUUUCAAGGAACCACAGGAUUAUGCGCUAAGGAACAGCGAGCUGAAAGCUAAACAGGUGGCCGAAUCUGUUGAUGCAUUCGAUCUCAUCAUCGCUUGUGAUACGAUUGUGACUUGUCGAGGAAGCAUAUACGAAAAACCGAAAGAUCCGUCCGUAGCUAUACAAAUGUUGAAAGAUUUGAGCGGAAGCACGAGCGAGGUCCACAGCGGACUGACGUUCGUGACUGUCGAUUCCAAUGGCUCGAGGAAUUUCACGUCGUUCACGGAAAGCACAACUGUGGAAUUCUGCGAACUAUCAGAAGAAGUGAUCACAACUUACGUGCGCACCGGGGAACCGCUUGAUAAAGCCGGAGCAUACGGCAUACAAGGACACGCAGCAUGUCUGGUGAAGAGCAUAAACGGAGACUUCUAUAAUGUUGUCGGAUUCCCCUUGAAUCAUUUUUGCCGUCAGCUAUCCGAUGUUAUACAGCAGGGCAAAAUGAAACUCUGA